AAACGUUCCGUGAAUGCGGAUGACAGGAACCACGUGGGGGCUCCGGCGGUUUCCGGUGCCUGUGGCAGCAGACUGAGUUCGAGCCCUAGCAGCUGGAGGGGACCAUGGCCAACAGUGAGCGCACCUUCAUCGCCAUCAAGCCGGAUGGGGUCCAGCGGGGCCUUGUAGGGGAGAUCAUUAAGCGUUUUGAACAGAAGGGAUUCCGGCUUGUUGCUAUGAAAUUCAUACAGGCUUCUGAAGACCUUCUCAAGGAACACUACAUUGACCUGAAGGACCGUCCAUUCUUUGCUGGCCUGGUGAAAUACAUGCACUCAGGGCCAGUGGUUGCCAUGGUCUGGGAGGGGCUGAAUGUCGUGAAGACAGGCCGAGUGAUGCUUGGGGAGACCAACCCCGCGGACUCCAAGCCUGGGACCAUUCGUGGGGACUUUUGCAUCCAAGUUGGCAGGAACAUUAUUCAUGGCAGCGACUCCGUGGAGAGUGCAGAGAAGGAGAUUGGCUUGUGGUUUCAUCCUGAGGAACUGGUAGAUUACAAGAGCUGUGUGCAGAACUGGAUCUAUGAGUGACCUGAACGCAGACCCCACUGCUCCCCCACUCCAUUUCCUCUCUCCCAUGAGCAGGGGACCAGGCUAUAGCCAUUGUAAUUAUUUCUGAGAACUUCCUUGUAACCUGGAGGAAAAGUCUUGGAGCGGUGCUCCCUGUUCAGUGUUACGUGCUACCACCAGAUUAAAAUGUUUCAUCCCAGCAGGGGACGUGUUCUUGUCCAUGUACUCUGGACGUGUACCGGCGGUACAGAGCACACUGUAGGAGAGACUGGAGUGAUGUAGAGUGGCUGGCGAGAUCGUGCAUACACACCAUAGUUUCUGCAUGUCCCAGUCCCACUGCAGCCCACCCACUCUUGGCACUGAGCCAGUCAACAGGCAUCUGUCAAGAAUCUGCCAUGUUGUCAAGACGGUACCAGGCACGAUGGAUUCAUUCAAAAUAAAGCUAUGUCCUUCUAUUCUUAA